AUGAAAUUUUCUCGAGGGAAACUCCAAACCCUCUGCAACUUGGAGUGGCCCACCUUCGGAGUGGGCUGGCCAGCUGAAGGUCCUUUCGAACCAAGACUUUGUCGGGCAGUAUGGGCAAAGGUCAUUGAACACCCUGGCCACCCCGACCAAUUCCCUUAUAUUAAUGUCUGGGCCCAGGCCUGUGAAGAACCUCCGGCAUGGCUGCAGCACUGCUCCCUGCGCACCGGUUCUCGUAUUCUGGUAAUGGUACCAAAUGGGAUAAAGUCCGCAAAGCGGCAGGCACCCAGGCCGAUGUUCUCCCAGGAGCCGGACCCCUUAGAGCCUACUGACCCCGGGGGAGCUGCUCGCAAGCCUACCAAUUUGAGCAAGGUAAGCGAGGUCCUACAAGGGCCUGAGGAAUACCCCUCUGCCUUCCUGGAGUGUUUACUGGAGGCGGACCGCACGUACACUCCAAUUGACCCAGAUGCUCCAGCGAACAGGCAGGACUUGUGGGAGGUAAACAGCCAGGUGGAGACCAUCCACCUGACGGUACCGAACCCCUACACACUGCUGAGCCUCAUUCCGCCUGCACAAGUAUGGUAUUCAGUUCUUGAUCUCAAAGAUGCAUUUUUCAGCCUGCCCCUGGCACCAGUAAGCCAGCUGCUCUUUGCAUUUGAAUGGACAGACCCGGACACUGGAACUACUGGACAAUUGACAUGGACUCGAUUGCCACAAGGCUUUAAGAACUCCCCCACACUGUUCGGGGAGGCUCUCAGCAAAGAUCUACAAGAGCCACCGAGGGACUCCUGGAGGCCCUACAAGGUCUGGGAUAUCGAGUGUCCUGGAAGAAAGCCCAGCUCUGCAAAACCAAGGUUUGACUCCAAGAUCUUGGAACCACGGUGGAAGGGGCCUUUUCCAGUUGUUCUGUCUACUCCUCUGGCUGUGAAGGUUGCGGGACACCUGACGUGGAUCCAUCGCAACCACUUCAAGCCCGGACCGGACAACAGAGGCGCACGGAAAAUGGAGUGUUGUCAGCAAACCCAGAGAAUUGAAAGUAAAACUCCGCUCAACUGGACCUUCGUUAUGAUCUGGGUGAUUUCCCUUGGGACAAUAAUAGCAUUGUCCAGACAGAACUUAGGUCAUACUAAAAUGUUUGGGUGCAAUUAGCUGAAUCCUUAAAUUUGUC